GGAAAAAUAGACUUCCGAAAGAAUUCCGCAUUUGGAAUUUUCACGUUGUUGAUGAAUGUUGAUUUCAUUACAUUCUCGACCAAUCAGAAUCGACUGUUUAUUUCGGACACGGGACAUGGCAACGCGAAGUAACAAAAUGUCUGCCGUUGUGUACGAAUUUGUAGCUUUUCAAACGUAUUCUGAAGCAAAAUGCUGAACCAGGAGAGUUAUUUAGAGCGUGGAGAUGGUCCUGCGCAGGCUAUCCUUCGCGCCAAUGCCGAGCAACAAGCCGUACGGAAAGCGAUUGAAACCCAAGAAGAAUUGCAUAAAAUUAACGAAAGAGUUUGUAUUACAUUAAGUGCUUAUGAAAUUGGAGAAGAAAUUCAGGAGCAAAAUCAGAAUAGCAUCAAGGAUAAGAAAAAUGCCUUUGUUAAACAAGACACAGAACUGGAAUUUGUUGAUGACAUGGCAACACUUCACCUGAUAUUAUCAGAUCCAAUUGCGAAGAGGAAGUAUCAACAAAAAGUCACAAUAUUUGUUGUUGGUUAUGAGAACUUGUGUAGUCAUCGUAAUAAGUUACUGUUGCAACUACAGCAAUUUUUUACCCAAAAUGCAGCAAGUGAUGAUUCAUUCACCCCCAGUGUUCCUGAGUUUGACUUUGACGAAGUUGAGAAUAAUGUUAGAGAGGCGUUGGAUAAAGCUGAAAAAACAACUGAACGUCUGGCGACCAUUUCCAAAGAUGUUUUAAAGGUUUUUGAAAUGGUCAACCCAAAGGAUCAUAAAAGGGGCAAGAAGAAAUUGGAAAAGGCUUUAUUUCAAUCGCAGCAAGAUGUUAUGCACCUUACUGAAAAACUGGUCGGGGUUCAGUCAGAUCUCGAAGAUGCCAAAACGAAUCUGACAAGUUUAACGAAACAAAUUGAAGUGAAAGAAGCUGAUAUUGAUAGGCUAAAAGGACAAGUGAACGUUAAUAAAGCUUUUGAAAAAGAAUGUAGUGAUCUAAGAAAAGGAUUGCAGGCAAAGGAACAACAACUCCAGACAUACAGAAGUGAAUUGGAUCAAAUGGAGCUGUCACAUUCUCAAGCUGAAGUCAAAUAUGAUGAAUACGUAGAGAUGUGCAGGAAUUUGAAGGUUGAAAAUCAACAUCUGAAGGAUGAUAUCGAAGCGCGUUCACAAGAACAGGAAAAGACGAUUAUUGAGAUCAGAAAAGAUCUGGAAGCCAAACAUGACAAGGAGAUGAAUGAGUUAAAAGAUAGUCAAGAAAAGGAAAUCACACAGUUAAAAGAGAUUCACGAGGAUGAAGUACUCGGGCUCAAAGAAAAACUGGACGCGAUAAGAAGACGUUCUUUGGCAACGGCAACGACAAGCGCCCCCGCUCUACUGCCCGAAAGCCGCGAUUCUGCAAGGUUUUCAACUGAUUCGGAACUUGUUGCCUCCAGAGCAUUGAGUACAUGGAAGUCCUCAGCCAGGACGUCGAGAACAAUAGUUGAAGUCAAGACUUCCGAAAGUGGCCGUCUCGAUACGGCCUCCUCCGAAUGGUCUGACACGAAGGGAAAAGACUCGGUGUUAGAGCGAUCAAGCAGUAUAUUUGUCUCAAUGAGUGACACGCCUGUUCCUCAGACACCAAAGACCGCUGAGACACUCAGACCGAGCGGUUCUUCUCGGUCCAGGGACACAAGUCCGUUGCGCAAUACAACCGAAAGCUCGACACAGACCGAUGACGUCAUUGGUGAACGAUCUGAAGUGACGUCACGACAUGACCUGCUGGAGAUUGAACGAGAAAUGGUCAAAACGCCAACGGAUGAAUUGCCUCAAAAAAUGGAUGAAUACAGGAAUAAAUUUGCCGAAAUUGAGCAACAAUUACAAGACGAGGUUUUCCAAUGGAAGUUAAAGUUCAAUACGAAGGCCCAAGCUUUAAACGAGCUGAUGUUGACACAAGAGAACCAGUUAAAGGAGAGAGACGAAUUAAUGGAGCAGCUCUCAACUGCCCAGGAACAAAAGGCUGCCGCUGAAGAAGAGGCAGAAAAGGCCAUUUUACAAUUGGAGGAAUUGAGAGCGGAGAAGGAGGGUAGUUCACAUGUGGAUGAAGACGACGUCCGCAGCAAUCUCGAAGCAGUUCAGACUGAGGACAAAGAAACUGCCACAAGUGCUUCGCUGUAUCGUAUGCAGAAUAUUAUGGAUGCUGAGAAAACACCACAGACCUCUGUUGGUAUCCAAUGUACUAGCGCCCAGGUUUCCCGCAAGCCUAGCAUGAGAAGCCCGCAGUACAGUGAUGUAGCGGAUGAACAGGAAAUGCUGCUGUUUGGUGGCCUAAACGCUUCGGACAGCGGUUUUGGCGGGAGCAGUAAUGUAUUACAUCCAGAUGACGUGGGAACUCUCCAGAAUGAGGUGGAUCCAUCCAAGUUCAGGUUUCACCCUCGUUCACCCUCGUCAGUUGCAAGCAGUGGUCGAGUGCGCUCCAGAUUGGUCCGUUCAGCAUUGCGUGACCACCGGGUUAUCGUGGAAACGGUGCGAACGUACGAAAUGAUCACCCAGUUUAAAAUGGAUAUCACUAUUUGGUUGCAAGAACACGGUUUGGGACAUAAGUCCAAAUUGCUGACCGCUAUUCCUGAUUUAACACUGGAUAAGGAGGAUGAGUUGGAUGUUCUGAGUAAUAUGUCUGCUAUUCGUGAUACAACGCAACAGAUACUGGACGCCUUGUGGCAAACGACCAAAGAUGAUUAUUCUUGGUCACAACAUGACCUCGUUGAUGGCAACGACAAAGAAGAGGAAGGCGGGGAAGAUGUAGUACAUCACCGUGAUGUUGGGAUAGUAAUGGAUACUGAAAACGAUUUUGCAUUGCCUACGUCAGAGGUUGCUGAGCAAGAUGGAAAUGUCGAUGACAAAGACCAGAAUGACCAAUCACAGAACCGCGAUUUAAGAGAUCGUUCAGUUCAGACUUCUCGACGUCGCGCGCCUCGCCCCACCCCAACCACGCCCAAAGGCUACACACGCUUGCUUCACGAGUACAACAACCUCCAGGAGGAAUAUAACACGCUGACUCAGCAAAUACAAGACAACGUGAAAUCCUAUCAAGAACAGAUCAGCGAGAAUGCGACAGUUAUGAAUGAGAUGCAAGAGACGAUAAAUGGCCUUAGAUCACAGAUGAUCGAUGGAAAUGCCGGUGGGAGAAUUUCCCCUCAGCCGUUGAUUUCGUCACUAAUGUUCACUCGUUUGGACGCUGAGCGGAAUGUGAAGUCUAUGAAACGAGCAGUGCUAACACAACGUUUGUCUCAGAAUUCGUAUAAUUCUGUUAUUCAAGAAAUGGAUCAAUACGUCAGUUUACCAGGUCGACGCUUGGCGGAACUGGUCAAAAGAUACAGACAUCAUUGUACAAUGAAGGAUGUGGAGGAAAAUUUGAACCCGGUGCGCAUGACCAGUGCAGAGGUUUAUAAUCUUCAGGAAAGAAUGGAAUAUUUGCAGAGAAAACGAGCGUUGAAAUGGAGCGAGAAGAUGGCAGAGUUAGGCAGACAAAGAAGUGAACUUGGAGAUAAAAUAAGUUCAAGUUUGAAAGAGAUCGAGGAGAGUUCUGGAAUAUUUCUCAUCAAACCUGUGUAUUCAUAUGUGUCCAAGCCUUCUGCAGUAGAAAAAUCCUCACAUCCAGUCAUUUGCAAGAAGAGAGCUCCUCGGUCACCAGAAGUGUCCUCAAGCAAACCAAGUUACCCCCUAGAGACCACACGUACCCCUGGACAGAGCAUUGCCCGGCCAAUGUGGAUUUCAACGGACUCCCAUGUAUCGGACAGUGGAACACUUUUUGAUGACAAUCCUAUGCCAAGACUUUUAGCGAUGGAUGUGAACCGCUUCACUCUCAGUAAAAAUCUAAUAAGCGGUGCUAUUGACGUGAAAUCAGGCACGGGGGGUGUUCGACAAUAUGUGACAGUUGAAAGACCAAUUGGAUCCUCAAAGCCUGUCCAAAACAACAGGGCAACAAAGGUCCCAACACCAUCACGUCACAUGUUUCCUGAGGACAGCCGCGCCUCGUCUCCAGGCUCAUUCACCCCUUAUCCCCCAUUACCACCCAUUAGCCUUCCACACUCACAUGUAUCAUCAGCCACUUCUGCUACAAACCAAUCAGAUUCAUCUCUAUCCGUGGGAUUAUUUAAUUAAAAUUCUGCUCGAUGAUAAUUUCACUUUGAACGGCUAAACCGAGGCAGAGAAUCGCUCGUCGUUUUAUUUAAAAUUCUGCAGACGUAUACACGUUGUGAAUUAAGUUAUAAUGUUAAAUAAUGUGGCAUAAAUUUUAAUCACUGUAUCGACGUCUUGCCGAGUUCCUGGCGUGAUGCAAAAUAUUUUUAAAUCAUCAAAUGGAUGUAAAAACUAUGUAAACUAACUUAUUUCAUUGUAAAUACACUUGUAUGGUAUAGUUUUGUAAAUAGGCACAAAAUUAUAUAUAUUUUCAUA